UCAAUCACUUAAUCCAUAAACACCAUGAAGCUCCUCAUUUCUUUAGUUUUUCUUCUCUUAGCUUUUCAGCUGAUUUCAGCCUCUCAGUAUUACCCUGAUAAUUCAUCACCUCAGCGACAGUAUCCCGAAAAUAAUGCUGAUCAGAAUCAAAAGGAGCCUGGAAAUUACUCAGAGCAACCUGCAAACUACUCCGAGCAAAAGAAAACGCAGCCUGAAAAUUUUUCGGAUGAAAAGGGGCAGUCAGGAAAUUAUUCUGAGGAAAAAGAAGAGAAACCUGUAGAUUAUGCCAAGCAUAAUGAGUCACAGCCUGCAGGAAAUUAUGGCCCUGAAAAUUCAUCACCACAGCCACAGUAUCCCGAAAAUAAUGCUGAUGAGAAUGAAAAGAAGCCUGGAAAUUACCCAGAGCAACCUGGAAAGUACUCCGAGCAAAAGAAACCGCAGCCUGAAAAGUAUUCUGAACAAAAAGAAGAGAAACCUGAAGAUUAUGCCAAGCAUAAUGAACAGAAGCCUGCAGAAAAUUACUCGAAGCAAAAGGAAGAAAAGCCAGAAAAUGAUGAACAGUCUGGAAACUAUUCUGAGCAGAAAAAUGAGAAUCCUGAGAAUUAUUCUGAAGAAGAACAAGGAGAAGAAUACGGCGACGGACCUUCACUCACCAUUUCAACUUUGCUUGAUGGCUUGCCUUCUUUGGAUGAUUUGCUAUCUUUUGUUCAUUAUCAUAGAAGCUGUCCAAAAGCUGAAUCUAUUAUUAACAGAAAAGUCAAAGAAUGGUUCAAGAAGGAUUAUACUGUUGCUGCUGCUCUACUAAGGUUGCACUUCCAUGAUUGUGCUGUCAGAGGGUGUGAUGCAUCAAUUCUGUUGGACUAUGAAGGAAGUGAAAGAAGAGCAGAAGAAAGCAAAAGCCUAAGAGGAUUUGAAGUGAUUGAUGAAAUCAAAGCAGAGAUUGAGAAAGUUUGUCCUAAAACAGUCUCUUGUGCUGACAUUCUUACGGCCGCCGCUAGAGAUGCUACUGUUCUUCUUGGCGGUCCGUAUUGGAUGGUGCCCUACGGAAGGAAAGAUGGCAAAGUUUCUGUUUAUACGGAGACAAGAUUAGUCCCGACGGGUCUUGAAAAUAUUACAACUCUCAUUGAAUUCUACCAGUCUAAUGGCCUCAAUGUUGUUGAUUUGGUUGUUCUUUCAGGUGCACAUACAAUUGGCAGGGCAACAUGCGGAUCAAUUCAACACAGGCUAUACAACUACGAGGGAACAGGCAAGCCAGACCCGUCACUUGACACUAAAUAUUUGAACUUCUUGACAAGAAAAUGUAGGUGGGCAUCUGAAUAUGUUGAUCUUGAUGGUUCGACUCCAACUACAUUUGAUAACGAAUACUAUCAGAAUCUUCAGAAGAAUAUGGGGCUUUUAAUGUCGGAUCAAUUGCUUUACUCCGAUCCUAGAACUGCUCCUCUCGUUGACACAUUUGCGUCUGCACCUGAAGUUUUCUAUCACCAGUUUGCUGUUUCUAUGACAAAGCUUGGCAACAUCCUUAUCCCUUCUGUUCUUGAUGAUGGGGAAAUUCGAACCUUUUGCGGUUCUGUUAACUCUUACUAGAUAUAGGCUUUUGAUCUUUUGUUUUUAUAUAAUACAUAUUGGGUUCAUUUUAUUGAAUAAUUCUCCAAGAUUUUGGUGAUUGUUCUGUUGUUGUUUAUUCACAAAAGUGAAAAUCUUGUUCAUCAAUCUAAUACAAAUUCAAAGUUGUUUUGAUCGAUCA